AUUAAUUUGCCGUUCAAGCACUGCUGGAUCAUCAAUCUUCUUCUCUCUUUAUUUUAUUUAUUGGGCCCAAAAUCUUGCGUAUACAGUAAAAAACAAAACAAGAACGAUGGCAACAGGAAAUGCUGAAGAGAGGAACAAUCCUAAUGUGCUUUUAACUGGUACACCAGGCACAGGUAAAACCACCCUUGGCCAGGAGCUUGCUGAUAGACUGUCAAUGAGCUACAUUAAUGUUGGAGAUAUUGCUAAAGAGAAGGAGCUGUAUGAGGGUUGGGAUGACGAAUAUCAAUGUCCAUUCCUGGAUGAGGAGAGAGUGAUUGAUGAGUUGGAUGACGCAUUGAAACAAGGAGGCUGCAUUGUGGACUACCACAGCUGUGAAUUUUUCCCCGAGCGCUGGUUCGACUUUGUAUUUGUUCUUCGAACAGAUAAUACAAAUCUGUAUAACAGGCUUGAACAAAGAGGUUACAGCGGUAAGAAACUAGAAGACAACGUCCAAUGUGAGAUCUUCCAAACCAUCUUGGAGGAGGCAGUCAGCUCUUACUUGCCCAGCAUCGUCUUCGAACUCCAGAGCAAUACCCCGAACGAUCUGGAGUCAAAUCUGGAAUCCAUCGAAGAACUGACGGAACGAUGGAAAUCCAGCAAAAGAUAAAAGGAUUUAUCGGUAUCUCGUGUAAAUGUUUUCCUCAUUUUUAUAACUCAGGUGGAAUUUUUUUGGAUGCAAUAAAAACAAUGAAUGUAGUUCCACCCUUAUGAUGGGAGGUUGUAUGACUGGAUACAAGCGUGGUUAUAUGGAACACAUACCUCAGAGCAUUUCAAUAUUUGUAGUCAUCAUUUUGGCCAAUCUUGUUCAAGAAACAAUUUUUAUGUAUCUCAGAUCGACUUCAUACACAAAUUUGGUUGAGAAGCCCUUUAAAGGCACUGGACAGUUUUGGUAAUUACUCAACAUAUAUUAGCAUUAAACUUACUUGGUAACGAGCAAA